CGUCCGUUAUACCUUGACAGAGCUGGAAAAUCUUUGGCGAAGCAGUCUCGUUGAAGACAGGAAGAAUAUCGCAUAGUUUCAGCAUCGCGAUGAAAAUUGAUCUACCGUUGAAAGUAAUUAUGUUGCCCGUGAUUCUUCUGCUGUUUGCGGGAACACUACGUGCGAAGCCCAUAGAUUACGAGGAUGUGGAAAAUCUGUUGCCAACGGAACCUCAGACCACGAAUGACACGUUGGCCGUUAUCGUACAAGAUCCGGUGGUACAAGACGCUGUGCAAAACGCUGUCGGCAAUGGAUCGUUGCAGGGCUUAGUGGUGAAGAAAAAGGUUCUUAUUAUGCCUGCCACAGAGCCCACCAAGGUGGUGUCACAACGCGAGCAAGUCCUCGUCGUUCCGGUGACGCACUUGGAAGAUGUGCGAAAGAACAUCACAGAAAGUGCGACUGCGGAAGACAACGUAGGCGACCUAGUAGUCCUUCCGGAAGUACAAUCUUUCGUCAGGGACAAUGAAGAUGCAUACGCAAGUUUGGCAAACUAUGAAGGAGCGUUAACUGACUCGUCGCAGCAUGAUGACUUCUACGAGAUGCUAACCGAGAUUCCAAAGAUCACGCGGAAGCCAACAUUUCCCGUCGAUAAUGCGCCGCAGGAAAUUCCAUACCUCCUGCCAAAUCCGACCCAGGAAGAACUUCCGGCGCAUCCAUCAAUAUCGGUACCGAUCAUAGCGUUCCUCGAUCCUUCGAGAAUCUCCGACGACAAAAUUAACGCGCCGAUCGCAGCAGCAUUACCAAGACGAGAUGGCACUCCGAACCAAUUGGAUCUAUCGAAGAACGAACGCAACCAAAUUCAACGGGACGUUCAAGAUUAUAUCGAUGGAGACUCGUGGGGUGUGGAUCUCGACAAUUGGCGACGCGCUUCGCCUCCUUCGGAGAUAGAAGCAUCAUCUUUGCUGUUUGAACCGACUACGAUGGAAACUCAGUAUAUGAGCGGCAUUAGUUCUGAAAACUCGCUACCUCUCGUAAUGCCUUAUAGCGAUAUUGUGACACCGCUCUUUUGGACGGCGGACGCGAAUGAUGAUUAUCCUAAAAAUCCACAUGAUAUGAACGUCGCCGCGGACAUCGUCUUCAGACCACUCUUCAGAUAUCGACAGGAAGCCCAGCAAAGAUCUUAUAGAAGAUCGGCAUAUCGAAGAUACAAUUCUUAUCCGAGACGCAAUUACCGCUACAGAUCGCGAUAUUCGAAUGAUUAUUAUUACUAGAGUGUUGAUGAUAGCAAAUAUCUUCAUUACUGAAAAA